UUAAACCCUCGCUUCACGCAUUUCUCACUCCUCACACACUCACACAGUCAUGGCUGAAGCUUCUGUCACGCUUGGGGGCAAGGCUUCUUCUCUCUCCUCCUCCACCGUCUGCGCCGUCGCCGCAGCUCUCUCGCAAGUGCGGAUCGACUCAACUGCACUCGAUAGACUCUCAUCCUCCUCCUUCUCCAAGAAGGCCACCACCGCGACAACGACGUCGUCUUCGUCUAAUCACAACAUCACUGUCCCGGAUUUCCUAACCCUAGAAGAAUCCCGAGCCUUUCUUCUCGUCCUUCUCAACAGCCUCAUCAUUUCCAACGCUCCCUCUCGGACUCCCCUUGUCCUCGCCGAAACUCUCAAUUCCAAUCCUAGCACUUUCCGAUUCGAUGACGCUGACCUCGUCACGGAAGAUGAACUCACAUGCUCCACGCUGCUCGGGAUUUCCGCCAUUCUCGACCAUCACUCCGCCGCGCUGUCCGCGUUGGCGGAUGUGGCAGCCGCGUUCUCCUGCGAGGCCUUGAAGGCUGACGUGGCAGCCUUCAAUUUGAUGGAUUCUGGCGAUGGGCAUAAUUCGAAGGAGGAGGUUGGCGUUGCCGCGGACUUGAGGGUUCUGCUCAACGGAUCCAAGUCGGUUGGUAAGGAGAAGGUUCGAUCCGUCGCGAGGGUUCCCAAGGUUCACGGGAGUGUGAGGGAGCAUGCUAAGUCCGUGCACUCGAGGAUGCGUGUUGAGUUGAAUUCGGGGGUUAAGAGCGCGAUUGGGAGUGAGGAAGCUGUGUGCACCGUUCUGCUGCCGUUGGCGGCAGCAUUGCGUGAACUUGGCGAGUGUAGUUUGGGACGGGCGAAGAGUAAUUUGGAGGGUAUUGGUGGUGGUGAUUUGAAAUUGGGUGUUGGGGAAAUUUUUUGGAAAGAAUGCCCCGUUGGGGAUGGUUUGAGCAGUGGUUUUAACAAGGCUGUUAACUUGUUUUUGGGAAAGGAGUAUGGUAAGUUUGCACACGAGGUCUUUGUGCUGUUGGGGUUGGUUUGGAAAGUUGUGGCAUGGGAAGUUGUGACGGCGGUUGCGGUUCUAGAGGCUGCUGAAUUGAAUGAGGUGAUAAAAGGUGCUAAGGAAAAUGGUGAGAAUCCGAAAGUAGAGGAGAACUCGAAAGCAGAGAAGAAGAAGAAGAAAGUUGUUUUGGGGAAAGGGACUAGCUCGAUUUUGGCAUUGUUCAAGGAGAGGUUACAGAGUCGUGGAAAGUUAGCUUUGGGGACUUGGGUGGCAGAUUUUCUAUCAUUUUUGGAUUUGACCAAACCCGAGUUUAACGAAUUUUUAUUGAAAGUCAAGGAUGUUGUGGAGAGCAAUGAAAGCAGAAGAUUGCCCAAGAUUCCUAAGGGGACUCGUGAUUUUGCUAAAGAACAAAUGACGAUUAGAAAGAAAGCUUUCUCAAUAAUAGAGGAAGUUUUUGAGAGGCAUGGCGCCACUGCCUUAGAUACUCCUGUUUUUGAAUUGCGAGAAACUCUCAUGGGAAAAUACGGAGAAGAUUCAAAGUUGAUUUAUGAUCUUGCUGACCAGGGUGGGGAGCUUCUUUCUUUGAGGUACGACUUGACAGUUCCAUUUGCUAGGUUUGUGGCUAUGAAUGGUCUGACAUCUUUCAAAAGAUACCAAAUAGCUAAGGUUUACAGAAGGGAUAACCCAUCUAAGGGAAGAUACCGUGAAUUUUAUCAAUGUGACUUUGAUAUUGCUGGUACUCCACCUGAAAAAAUGGGCCCAGAUUUUGAGGUCGUUAGGAUUUUGACUGAACUACUUGAUGAGCUGAACAUUGGGGAAUAUGAGAUAAAGUUGAAUCAUAGAAAGUUACUGGAUGGCAUGAUGCAAAUAUGCGGUGUUCCUCCGGAAAAGUUUAGGACAAUAUGUUCAAGCAUUGACAAGUUGGACAAGCAGUCUUUUCAACAGAUAAAAAAAGAAAUGGUGGAAGAAAAAGGAUUAACUGCUGAGACAGCUGACAGAAUUGAAACUUUUGUUAAGGAAAAAGGAUCUCCUUUAGCAUUAUUAUCUAAAUUUAUACAAGAGGGUAGUGAUUUCUCUAAACACGAAGGAGCUUCUGAAGCAUUGAAGGAACUGGAAAUUUUAUUUAUAGCUCUUGAAAAAUCAAAACGGAUUGAUAAGGUGGUUUUUGACUUGAGUCUUGCCAGAGGUCUGGAUUAUUAUACUGGAGUUAUAUUUGAAGCUGUUUUUAAAGGAGGCACUCAGCAGGUUGGUUCAAUUGCUGCUGGUGGGCGAUACGAUAACCUUAUAGGGAUGUUUGGUUCAAAAACAGUGCCGGCAGUUGGUGUGAGUCUGGGAAUUGAGAGAGUGUUUGCCAUAAUGGAGCAACAACAAAAGGAUCAGAACCAGAUGGCUCGUCCAACCAAGACAGAAGUUCUAGUGAGCAUAUUGGGGAAUGAUUUAACACUUGCUGCAGAGCUAGCCGGAGAACUGUGGGAUGCCGGGGUGAAAGCAGAAUUCUUGGUCCAUAAAAGAAGAACGAAGCACUUCGAAUAUGCAAAAGAAUCAAGGAUCCCUUGGAUGGUACUUGUUUAUGAGCAGGAAGUAAAAGAAGAAGGUGUGGUGCAAUUGAAAGAUCUGGAGGCCAAUAUUGAUAUAAAGACUCCUCGAACACAAUUUGUGGAGGAACUUCGUAAACGGUUAUACCCUUAAGGCUCAAGGCUCAACUCAACUUUGUAGUUCAGAUAUCAUUUUAACAUCAAUACUGAGGGAGUGCAAGUUUUGAUGACA